AUGCCGAAAAAAGCUCCUCGCCGAAUUCACUCGAAUGUUUCACUUACAGCAGCCGAGGAAUCUGAUCCAGAGAACAUAGUCCUCAGGCCAUUGAACAACCUGCAUGAUCUUAUCCGAAAGAUGCUAUAUGAAGUACGCAACCAUGAAAGUACUGUCGCUUCUCUCAAAACAUGGGCCGAAACAAUCGAUCCAAACACGUAUCGCAAACAAGUCCCUUGGCCCAGGGAGCUUCUUGAGGCCUACGAGAGAUACAAGCAUCUUGUCGAUUUGAUCAAUCCACGACUGCUGGCUUUCAAGGAAUACGAGAACCGUACAUCCCAGCCAACGAAGGUGAGGAACUCAGCCGAGGUUAGGAUGAAACGUCUUGAACUGGCCCUUGAAUGGGGUCAAGCUGCGUUGAGCGCAGCUGAGGCACGGAUCUAUGUUCUCGUUAACUACCGAAAUGCGUACGACGAUAAACGGUCUAUCCAAAGCCAUAUCAAGCAGGCAAGCGACAAUUCGGCCAGUGCCAGAGAAGCAGUGCGUAAAGCAGGCCAGAACUAUCGCGCGUACUGGCGGGCCUUGGCCGCUGGGAAGCCUCAUAGUUCUGUUUUGACCAGUGACACGUUCAGUGAUGGCUCAGACUAA